AUGACAGCGAGGAUCUGGACUGGGUCAGGCUUCAGCAAGAAUCAGAAGUUCGAUCCAGACCCAACCGCUGGGUCAUCAGCUCAGGUGCUCAUUAGCAGGCGGCUGGAACCUGGAACUGGAGCCCAAACUCCAACCCAUACACCUGAUAACGGACGCAGGCAGCGCGAGUGGCUGUUGGAGGAAGUCAGCCGGCACCCUCCGACCGCGGCGCCUUGCCUAGCACAGGGCAAGCCCCGGAUAACCGUGCAGAGCGGCGCCCGCUCGCGCUGCGCCCGCUCGUGCUGCGCCUCGUGGCGGCGUCGGGGAUCGCACCGCGCACCGCACUCCCCCAGACGUGGAGUCGCCGCCCCGGCUGCCCAAUCCAUCCCGGAAUUCCGGGGCGACCGGAAGGACAUAAAGAUUCCCGAGGGCCCCAUCGCCCAGUGCACAGAAAACCCGCACGUCCGGUGUGGAACGGGAAGGGAAUGGGACCCCGCCUUCGCCGGUCCGUUCCCGGGCUCCGAGGCGGGGGAAGCCGUGUCCCGCGCCUCGGAGUUGGGUUCCUCGGAGGCGAUGACCGAGAGUGGGCGCGAGUCCAGGGCUCGGGGUAGCUGUCGAUUUCUGCCGUUGCUCAAGAUAUCGCUCAUCAGCAUCCUGGCACUCAGCAUCGGCUUGCUUAUAUUCAGAGGCGUAGUCCUGCAAGGAGAGUUUUGGGGGCUUCAGCUGGAGCAGUCACGUCCUACGUCCGGGGACCCCACAGCGCUGAAGCUCUUGUCAGAGCAGAGCCUCCGCAACUUCUUCAGCUACGACGGCAUCUGGCUCUUCCCUAAAAAUCAGUGCAAGUGUGAAAGCACCAGGCAGCAAAGAAGUUAUGACCUUCAGGACGGCUAUGACCAGCGGGACCUGCCGGCGGUGAACGCCAGGAGACAGGCUGAAUUUGCGCACUUCCAGAGGAGGGAAGGACUGCCCCGCCCACCGCCCCUGCUGGCUCUGCCCAACCUCCCGUUCGGGUACCCGGUGUACGGAGUGGAGGUGAUGCCCCUGCACACGGUUCUCAUCCCAGGUCUCCAGUUUGAAGGGCCCGACGCACCUGACUAUAAGGUCAACCUGAGUGCGUCCCUGGGGACCCUAAACACCCUUGCGAACGUCUCAGACAACGUCGUGCAGGGCAGAGGCCGGAAGCAGCUGAUCAUUUCAACCAGUGACCGAACUCUUUUGAACUUCAUCCUGCAACAUGUGACCUACACCAGCACGGGGUACCAGCACCCCAAGGUGGACCUGGUGAGCCUGAAAUGGAAGUCUUCUGUGGCCAAGUUUCCAGUGAGCAUCCGCUACCCUGUUAUGCCCAGACUGUAUGACCCUGGGCCAGAGAGGAAUCUCAGAGACCUGGUGACCAUUGCCACCAAGACCUUCCUGCGCCCCAACAAGCUCAUGGUCCUGCUUCGGAGCAUUCGCGACUACUACCCAGACCUGACCGUGAUCGUGGCUGAUGACAGCAAGAAGCCGCUGGACAUCCAGGACAAGCACGUGGAGUAUUACACCAUGCCCUUUGGGAAGGGUUGGUUCGCUGGCAGGAACCUGGCCAUCUCUCAGGUCACCACCAAGUACGUCCUCUGGGUGGAUGACGACUUUCUCUUCAACAACAAGACCAAGAUCGAGGUGCUGGUGGACGUGCUAGAAAACACUCAGCUGGAUGUGGUGGGCGGCAGCGUGCUGGGGAAUGUGUUCCAGUUCAAGCUGUUCUGGGAACAGACGGAGCAGGGGAGCUGUCUUCACCGGAGGCCAGGGUUCUUCCAGCCCCUGGAGGGCUUCCCCGGCUGCGUGGUGACCAGCGGCGUGGUCAACUUCUUCCUGGCCCACACAGAGCGUCUCCGCAGAGUUGGCUUUGAUCCCCGUCUGAAGCGCGUGGCUCACUCAGAAUUCUUCGUGGACGGGUUGGGGAGCCUGCUUGUGGGCUCAUGCCCAGAGGUGAUUGUGGCUCACCAGCCCCGAACUCCAGUGGUGGAUCCAGAGCUGGCUGUCCUGGAAAAGAGCUACAACAAAUACCGGACUAACACCAAAGAGGAGGUCCACUUCAAGCUGGCCCUCCAGUACUUCAAGAACCACUUGCAGUGCGCCAUGUAAAGGCACAGGAAAUACAUCACUUCCUGCCUGUCUGCCAGCGU